AUGAGCAACCUCGACUGGGACAGCAAGACCGUCAUCGGAUUCAAGGCUAAAGCCCCAAAAGUUGCCCGCAAUGCGUCGGACCUAAAUGCCGCGCGCAGAACAGGGGCUGUCGUUGCUACAGACAAGAAGGUCACCGCCGGUGGGAACAAAGCCCGUCCAGGGCCAGAUCACCAACGCAUUGCCAAACUUGACCGCGAGAACGAAGUCGCUCCUCCACCGAAAGUCAAUGCAAGUGUCGGCAAGGCUAUCCAAACUGCUCGCAUGGAGAAGCAGUUCACUCAGAAAGACCUGGCCCAGAAGACGAACGAGAAGCCUUCUGUAAUACAGGACUAUGAAUCCGGAAAGGCUAUCCCUAAUCCUCAGGUCCUCGGCAAGUUCGAGAGGAUUCUGGGUGUCAAGCUUCGUGGUGCGGAUAUUGGAAAGAAGCUGGAGGGGCCGAAAAAGUCGUAAUUUGACCCCUCCGUCGUCGCAUUAGAUCGACAUAUACCGGUGUGAAUUGCUAUCACAUAUAUAGUUCUGCCUGUCAUCACUAGAUCCUUUCGCAAUAUUGUACUGGACAUCGUUUGCAAUUCUGAGCGUAAUGGAAAUCGAAGGAAAAUAAAAGCAGCUACCGAGCAACAAGGGAAUGUUAUACAUGAACUUCACUGCGAAACAAUUAUGAGCCCUGUUCUGCGUCUGGCGCUCCCUGUAUCUCUUGACAUGAGCGCAGACAUGAUGAACGGCGAACGGAAAGAACUUACAUAAGUUAUAUAAUCUGCACUCUCACAAGCCUUGUACUCUUUGAGCAGCUCCUCAGCAGUCGCU